AACGCCGCCGCCGAUCAACCGGCGGCGACUCUAACCCUAACCCUGUCCAGCACAAAACUCCCCGCCGACCUCGUGAUCGAAAUCUUCAGGAAGCUCCCCGCCGCCUACACCCUUGCCGUGCUCCGCUGCGUGUGCAAAUCAUGGCGCGCUCGUCUCUCCGACCCGGCUUUCCUCCGCCGGAUUCUCGUCACAGACGGCGAUCGCGAUGGCAGCCGUCAGAUCAUGAUAUUCCGUCUGACCGGUGAUCAAAAGCCGCUCUUCUCUCCCUGCUCGUACGACACUCUCCGCCCCUUAUCCGCCGAUCCACCGCAACCGGUCCUCCUCCUCUUCACCGCCGCCGGCGAAGACCUGCGCUGUCACGUUGUGGGGUACGACAACGGCAUCUUUUGUUUGGGGGACGGGAUAGAUGAUCCCGGCGUUUUCCAUCUACACAACCCGGCGACCUCGGAGACCAAAGCAUUACCGCCAUCGCCAUUUACCUCGACGGAAUAUUGCGGCCGCUCUUGUGGCCACAUGUUUGGUUUCGACUCGAAAGCAAACGACUACAAGCUCAUCAGG